GAAGGUCUGAUAGAGCCCCUUGAUUCGUGGGACAGGAGAGACGUCCCUCUUUCAGUCCAGAAGGGGAAAAUUCUUUGAACGUUUUUGUCUGCUUCAGUAGGCUCUUAAAGUAUCAUCUUUACCUGAACCACAGGGGCACGUGCCUGAGCCAGAUUGCCCACUGUGGGGAAAGGAAGUCUCAGGAGGCAUUCCGCGCGCCAUGGAGAAACCGUGGAAGUGUGGGGAUUGCGGGAAAGGAUUCCGCUCCCCCUCCUUGCUGGAGAUCCACCGCCGUGUCCACACCGGGGAGCGGCCCUUCACCUGCUCCGUCUGCGGCAAGGACUUCACCCAGUCGUCCCACCUGUUCUCACACCAGCGGGUCCACACCGGGGAGAGGCCGUUCGCCUGCUCCGAGUGCGGGAAGGACUUCAGCGACUCGUCCCACCUGCUGACCCACCAGCGGGUCCACACCGGGGAGCGGCCCUUCACCUGCUCCGUCUGCGGCAACAGCUUUGCCCGCUCGUCGGACCUGCUGUCCCACCAGCGAGUCCACACCGGGGAGCGGCCCUUCACCUGCUCCGUCUGCGGCAAGGGCUUCACCCAGUCGUCCAACCUGCUGACCCACCAGCUGGUCCACACCGGGGAGCGGCCUUUCACCUGCUCCGUCUGCGGCAAGGGCUUCCCUCACUCGUCCACCCUGCGGUCCCACCAGCUGGUCCACACCGGGGAGCGGCCCUUCACCUGCUCCGUCUGCGGCAAGGGCUUCCCUCGCUCGUCCACCCUGCUGCGGCACCAGCGGGUCCACACGGGGGAGAGGCCAUUCACCUGCUCCGUCUGCGGGAGGGGCUUCGCUCGGUCCCAGCACCUGCUGCAGCACCAGCGGUGGCACAAUGGAGAUGAACCGUGGAAGUGUGGCGACUGUGGGAAAGGCUUCCGUUUCCUGUCUGCCCUGGAGACUCAUCGGCGCAGUCACACCGGGGAGAGGCCAUUCCCCUGCACUGACUGCGGGAAGGCCUUCAGACAUUCCUCCCACCUGCUGGCCCACCAGCGGGGCCACACGGGGGAAAGGUCCUUCAGCUGCCCAGAGUGCGGGAAGGCCUUCAGCACUUCCUCCACCCUGCUGAGCCACCAGCAUGUCCACACUGGAGAGAGGCCGUUCACCUGCCCUGAAUGUGGGAAGGCCUUCAGGUAUUCCUCCACGCUGCGGACCCACCGGCGUUUCCACACAGGGGAAAGGCCGUUCAGCUGCUCCGAGUGUGGGAAGGCCUUCAGGUAUUCCUCCGCCCUGCGGAGCCAUCGGCGCGUCCACACGGGGGAGAGUCCCUUCAGCUGCCCUGAGUGUGGGAAGGCCUUUACCCGCAUCUCUGCCUUGCGGAGCCACCAGCGGAUCCACACCGGGGAGAGACCCUUUACCUGCCCCGAGUGCGGGAAGGCCUUUACCGACAUCUCCUCCCUGAUGAAGCAUCAGCGGAUCCAUACUGGGGAGAGGCCCUUUAUCUGCUCUCAGUGCGGGAAGGCCUUCAGCACAUCCUCCCACCUACUGAUCCAUCAGCGUGUCCACACAGGGGAGAGACCGUACACCUGCCCUCACUGUGGGAAGGCCUUCAGGUAUUCCUCCUCCCUGCUGACCCACCAGCGGAUCCACACAGGGGAGAGACCGUACACCUGCCCUCAGUGCGGGAAGGGCUUCACCCGCUCCUCCCACCUGCGGAGACACCAGCGGAUCCACACGGGGGAGAGACCCUUCAGCUGCCCCGAGUGCGGGAAGGCCUUUACCGACAUCUCCUCCAUGAUGAAGCAUCAGCGGAUCCACACUGGGGAGAGACCGUACACCUGCUGUCAGUGCGGGAAGGGCUUCACCCGCUCCUCCCAACUGCGGAGCCACCAGCGAGUUCACGUGCCAUUGCAGGGGGAUUGAAGAAGUUACGGCUGAGUCCCAUUAUCGAUUGGACUAUCAACCCAGUUCCGGAGAUUCCCGGGUUUGAAUCCCCCACGACAGAUGGCAGAAUUGGUAUUCGGUCAGAAAUGUGGAGUUUGGAAUCUAACAAUGAGACUGUUUCAGGGAGGGGUGGUGCAGGGGGGAAAGCCCCCAUCUGAUUUACUCUCUCCCUUGUUAGGGAAGGGAACCGCCAUUGUGGGAGAGGAUUCACUCAGUUGUUCCAGCUGCAUCCUUUACCCGGUCUGGCCUACACGUGACUCCAGACCCACAGCAGUCUGGUUGACUCUACACUGCCCUCCCCCCACUGGCAAAGGAGCGGGGAGAAACUUACUUGGAGACAGGGUAUGGGUUGAAAUUGCUGAGUGAGGCAAUACUUCCUCCGGGUUACGGCUGUACCAAGGAUCCAGUAACAAAGGGACAACUUGGUGCUGGCCAAUAGUAAAGAC